AUAUUAUCAACGACGUACACAAUGGAAAUCAUUUGUCGUUGCUAUUUUUUCAUUGAUUUAUCAAAAUCAGUCACAUUGAAAGUUCGAAAAGAGCAUUUUACUUCCGACAGUUAUCGAUGGUAAGAAUUCCCUUCAGGCAACAUCGUUAUUCCCGCUUCAUGAUGCAACGAAGGUGACCACAAAAGUGUUUGACGACUCAGCGGAACGUUUGACGAAUCGAUUUCGAGGAUCGAGACGAGAACGACAAUUAGCUAGAGAAAUUCGCUGAGAUGCCGUUCCGGAAAUCAGCAAUCGAAUGAUCAAAUGCACAAGAUAAUGCAAACUUGUCGAAAAAAAUAUUCUUCAACUGGAAAUAAAAAUGAGAACGAUUACACGUCGGGUGAAAACGACAGCUCCGAUGAAGACUCAACUUCGAGUAUGAGUCUCGACGAGGAAUUAUUUUUCGGCAAUAGCAACAAACGAUCCAGUGGAAAUACUUCGAGACACGGUGGAAAUAACGGUCAAUCACUCAAUGGCAAUUAUGGGGAAAAUCGUCGGAAUGAUCGGCACAAACAAGACACGAACGUGUAUAAUCGAAUGUCAAAUCCGUCAAAUUACACGUGGAUGAACGAGCGUACCAGUGGUAUGUCAAAUCAGAACGAAAACCGCUAUUACCAGAACGCCAUGCAAUCUCAAAAUCAAGAAAACAACAACAAUCGUCGAGAUCGAGCAGAGUGUAUGACUCAGUGUCUUUUUGACGAAUUAAACAUGGUCGAUCAGCGAGGAUUUCCUGAGCGUGGUUCGGUCAUAGAAGUCAUGACUCGAGAAAUACAAGAUCCAAGUCUACGUGAUUUUAUCGAGGAAUCGAUUUCCGAAUGUUAUCAUUACUUGAAAGCUGAUCCGAAUAAUCGUGAAAAAUGCACCUUCGCGAACAACCUCAUGAACUGCUUUGCGGACAAAGGACGAGACGUGAGUUGUAGAAAAAUGAGAAUCCAUCUGUUCACAAUAUUCUUUUGUUGAAAAAUCAGAAUGAAAAUAUUAAUUUGAUAAAAAUUCAUUUACGAUGGGAGAAAAAACUUGAGAAGAUACUUAAAUAUUGAGUUUGAAGAAAAAAAAUUCAAAAACGUUCCCAGAUUUGAUGGGAUCGGACAUUACAUUUUUACUUUUUGGAUGCAUGAUUAACAUGAAACUUGGCAAAAUUGGCUGUUGUACUAUAGCAUCUCGUUGGAACUUCUGCAACAUUAGAUUUUUAUGAUUUUCAGAAAUGCGAGGAUUGGGAAGAUCAAUAGAUAACAAAAAA